UCCGUCUCAAUGCGCGGGCUUCAUUUCAUCACGAAUGAAAAAAUUAGCCAUUUUGUCAAAGAAGUACGCAGUGGAAGUUAAAGAGUAUCAAUAAAAUUCGUUUCAUUAAUCAUCAAACAGCUAUGGAAUCAAUUCCCGUUUGAUGUUAUCUGUUCUACGAUUGCCAUACAAUUGGAAUAAGUGCUAUCUGUGUUUGGGGAAGUGUGGAAACUUGAUAUUUUGCAGUACGGUGAAUGUCUCCAUGAAAGCGCGGAUUAGUACUUUUUGGGAAGGAAAUUUCGCUUGCUUCCGUCGGCGAAAUUAAAAGUGUUUUUCAGUGAACAUUCUGGUUGAAGUGGUCAUCAAUUACACGGGGAUCGUCUAAUUAAAGUGCUUUUGAAGUGAACAAUAAUGCGGGAAAAUACAGAUGACGUAACCCCACAAGUUUGGAAAGAAUGGAUCCUGGAAGCUAUACGCCGAAUAAGAUGCCAAAAACAGCGGCCAAGUAUCCAAAGGAUAUGUCAAGCUAUCGGCAGUCAUCAUAAGUUUCACGAAGACAUUGUUGCCGAAAAGUUAGAAGAAGCUGUGGAAUCUGGAGCCGUUUUAAAAGUGUAUAACAAAGGUUUACAUUCAUACAAAGCUCCCACAAAUACGUUGCGUCGAAUGGUUGUCGUUUCCAAUGACAGUGAUCUGUCCCGAUUGGUUUCUAAAGCUGUCCGUGAUCUUGGAGAAUGUGAUGGAUCUAGCAUGAAGUCAAUAGAAAACUAUGUUCAGCAAACAAACAAUCUGAAUAUAACAACAGGAACAGACUACAGUCUUGUUAUAAAAAACUCUGUUCGAGUAGCACUCACUGAAGGUUUGUUGAUUCAAGAGAACAAAUUAUAUAAACUAGGCAACGAUAUCAAAACAUUUGGAAAGAGAAAAUCUACUACUCCCAAGAGGAAAGAGAAGAGCAACAUCGAAAGUAAUAAAAAGAAAGUCACUAAUAUAGUUUGUGUAGAAUGUCUUGGGACGGAUACCAAAGGUCCAGCAGGCGUACCAGAUCCAUUGAGCUCUUGUAGCGGAUGCGGUGUGUCAUUGCACAAUACUUGCGCAAACACAAAUUCGACAGACCUUCCCUUGGCGGCAUUGGUGAAGCGUGGAACAAAGUGGUACUGUGAGGAGUGUAAAAUUUGUGAUGGAUGUUCUACGCAAAAUGAGAAAGGUCCUUGCUUGAUAAGUUGUUCGGAUUGCACAAAAAAUUAUCAUUUUUCGUGUAUGGCUCCUGGAACAGGCGAUAACAAAAUACUAAAGACAGCGUGGAGAUGCUCUUCGUGCCUUGGCACCUAUAAAAAAAAUCGGAAAAUGGUCGAAAAAGAUUCUUCUGUUCAUAAAGUUAUCGAACCAAAAGCAAGCAGCCGAUUGGAUGACUCAAAAAAAACAAAAUCUACCCAAUCGGUAUCAGGAGUUUGUAGGAAUAAGUCGCCACUAGGAAGAAGUUCUGCCGCAACGAAUAUCCUCAAUAGGGAAUAUUGUUCAAAAACGAACAGUGCACAACGGAUAAAACAACAACCCUUGCUAUCGUCGCCAGAGCCACCAGAACGAAUCGAGGACAUGCCCGGUAAACCUUUCAAUCAAUUCACUUUUAGUAAUAUACCAAAACCGCUGAUUACUGAUGGUUCUGGUAUUAGUGAACAAAACUUGUUUUUGAGUGAAGCUACUACAAAUUUAUUUGAUAGUGCUAAUGCCAAUUUAAAAAACCAUAAACAAGCUGGAAAACAAUACGUAGGGCAUACGUUGAUUCCAUCAGCUAGAAAAUUUAGCGAUUUAUACUUUUCGGGAAAGCAAAAAGAGUUGUGCACCAGCAACAUUAAUUUAAAUUUUCCAAGUUAUCAGUUAACACCAAUUACUAAACUUUCCGAACCUUAUAAAAAAUGCGCUUAUCAGUAUAGAUUGAAUGAAAUGUUUAAUAAUAGCUCAAAUAAUCAAUGUUCUUGGAAAUCAGAUUCAAGCAAUACACACAAAACUAGGCAGCGUAAAUUAUCUUCAUCUUCUUCUGACUCCUCAGUUAGUAUAAACGAUCGUUCUUAUGAGUUUCCUAUCACAUUCGAUAGCAAUGAUGAAACUGCCAGAAGUUCAGGCUCGUCGUCUAAAAUCAUACAAAAUAAAUUGGGCAAAAAACCAAAAACCAUCAACUGUGAUACGAAAAAUAUCUGCACAGACGGUAGAAACAUCAAGAGCAGAACGUGUACCGAUGUGAAUUUUCACAGCAAACCAUUAACGACAUCGGAUUUAGAAGAAUUUAGGAAAACAAACGUAUUUACGAGCAGUACUGCCUGUAGCAAUGAGUCGUCAUGGGGUUUUGCAGCUGUCGCAAAGAAAAAAAUCGACAUUUUCGACAAAUAUAACAACAUAGAGUCAACAAGAACUUAUUUUGAUCGAUGCCUAUCGACGACAAGUAUCUCACAGGGUACCGGUUUGAGAAAAAGUAUUUCGUUGGCUUUUGAUUCGGACAAAAUCCCUGAUACCUUAGGUAGGCUGACAGAAAACAAAAAUAUUGCCUCAAGAAAACAAACAACCAACCAAAUACUAAAACAUGCAAACAGGCAAAAGAAUGAAACAUGUACAAAAAAUGAAAUCUUAAGUCGCUGUUUUUCCACGCCGAAAUGUAACCGCCCAAUUUCAACUUAUGAUUACAAUUUGUUCAUGAUUUCCAUAGGAGAAAAUAAGUUCACUGACAAUAUAUCCCCAAGUAGGUUAGUUAAGCAAGCUAUACGUGAAAAGUAUUCGAUGCAAAGCCACGGACUUUCUAUUCCAACUAAGGACCAACAAAUCAUAAAAAUGUACAACACUGUAUCAAUGGAUAAUUGUAUGUCAUUCGAUAGUAGUAAUGCUCUGGUUAGCGCGACAACGAAUCGAAAGCGAUGUUCCGAAUUCGAUGCAACCAUUAGCUUUCCACACAAAGCAGAGCAAGCUGAUCCAUCUGACGCAUUACAACACCUGCCGCUACCAACAAAAUCUACUUCCCAAAUGGAUCAACCGCCCUUACCCAACGGAGCAACGCAGUGCGAUGCAGAUUUGUACAAACAAAUUCGUGAAACUGCUGCCAGUUCGUUAGCCGAAAUGAUGCGACUAGAUGCUCAAUCAUUCACGCACCGUGAGGCCACUCCUGAAUCAACUGUUGUGAGCAGUCCGAAGAAAUCACUCAGCUCAAUCAUGCAGUCACCAUCCAAGUUUAUGGCAGCCCAAGAGCGUUGUCCAGCAGCUAUUGAAUUUGGAAAAUUCGAAAUUCAAACCUGGUACUCGAGUCCGUUUCCGCAGGAGUAUGCCAGAUUACCCAAAUUAUUCCUGUGUGAGUUCUGUCUGAAAUACACCAAAAGCAAAGCAGUUCUCCAGCGGCAUCAGGACAAAUGUACAUGGCGUCAUCCGCCCGGAACCGAAAUAUAUCGGUGCAAUGAUAUCGCGAUAUUUGAGGUAGAUGGCAACACGAACAAGAUAUAUUGCCAGAACCUGUGCCUACUCGCGAAAUUAUUUCUUGAUCAUAAAACCCUAUACUAUGAUGUAGAACCUUUCUUAUUCUACGUUCUGACAAAAUAUGAUCGCAAAGGUUAUCAUUUAGUAGGAUAUUUUUCUAAAGAAAAACAUUGUCUCCAAAAGUAUAACGUGUCUUGUAUUAUGACAAUGCCGCAAUAUCAAAGGCAAGGUUUUGGUCGAUUCCUCAUAGAUUUCAGUUAUCUUUUGAGUAGAGAAGAAGGUCAACCAGGAACUCCAGAAAAACCUUUGUCAGAUCUUGGGCGCGUGUCAUAUUACGCAUAUUGGCGAUCGGUGGCAUUGGAAUAUUUAUAUCACAAUAAAAAACGUGUUAUUUCUUUGAAAUCAAUUUCCAAACAAACAGGAAUCGUUAUAGCAGAUGUUGCCUUAGCAUUUCAAUUGUUGAAUUUCAUCAAGUAUAUUAAGGUUUUCAAAGAUGGAUUCAAGGUUUAUAAACCUGUCCUAUGUGUCGACUGGGAUAUUGUUGAUAAGUAUUACGAGCGAAUAACAAAAUCGAGUACCAGACGUAUCAUAGAUAAAGAAUGUUUACGAUGGACUCCUUUGCUCUCCAAUGUACCCGUGUUUGUUGAAACUGAGUUGACCCCAGACACUUCACCAGCUACAGAUAAAAAAAUGAAACAUGAGAAUCUUGGUGAAAACGUCCAAACGACAGAAGCUGAUACCACAAAACAUCCUUUAUCCGUAAUAGCUGCCUUACAAAGUGAUGUUUGCGAAGAGUUCAGAGGAGUCAAAAAACGAGGCAAAAAGUAUGGUUGUAUAAAAACACCUAAAUUACCUAAGAAAAUCAAUGAGGACAGUUCUGUUCCAAUACCAGCUGUGGUUGACCCACCUGAGGUUAGGAAAAUGGCCGACAAAGAUGCAGCUCCCGUUUUAAUUGAAACCACGUCAUCUGGACGGAAAAGAAUAAGACCAAGUAAAUAUGGUGGAAAUUCAAGUGAAUCGGUUUCUAAAAAUAUACAACCAAGUCCUACUAUCCCUUCAGAGUUGGAUUACAAGAAAAGAAAAAGAAGCAAUGACGUGGAAAUACUUCAGCACGAUCGUAAACGGUCACGUCUUGAUUCGGCGACGGAAAAUAGCAUUCCAGAUCAAAAGCGUACAUAUAGAUCAAGAGAAUCUAUAACAACUAAAAACGACGUUGAAAAUAAUUUUCAAAAAACAGAUAAUCCAAAAAAGUUAAAACUUUUCUCAAAUGAAGAAGUAUGUUUGCGAUCAGAAAAAAACGAUAAAAAUAAUUCUCUAGUUCAACCCGAACAUUUUGAUAGCGUUGCAACUGUCAAAGAGGAUUCAGAACCUCUAGUCUCACCCCAAGCAAACAAAAGAAAAGCCCCGCAACGAUUGGGCAACAGAAUUUCCACAAGAACAUCUUCGACGUCGACUGCUUUGAAUAGUUGUGAAAGUGAUGAACAUCCUACUGUUCGUACCAAGGUCGUUGAAAAACAACCGACAUUGCCAAUGCUUUUCCAAAAGAAAACUCAAACACAACCAGUAUCAUUUCCUGGAAAUGAAAAUUUAGAAGAAAAUACCUCUAACAGCCCCGAUGAUUGUGAAACGGUUACGGAAAACAGUAAUCCUAACUUUGGUAAUAAGGACAACGUAUUUUGUCAGAAUCCUAACUUAUCUAGUGAUGAUUCGUCAAUAGAGGCUGACGAUGAAAUGGAGGAAGAAUAUUCAGUUUGCAAAAAGAAAUUUGUUAAAAAUCGAUCCCCAGACAUCAAAUUACAACAUGCAAAGGCUGACAACGAAGAAUGCAAAAAACCACUUAAUAUCAAAGAUGCAGCACAUGAUCAGACUGAGAUGUGUUCCGAUACUGAGACAAAACAAUGUACUGAACAAGUAACGCAUAAGGAGCAGAAAAAUAUACAAAGUCAAAAUUUAAACAUGACUGCAGAAAAUGCGAAAAGCACAGCUGAGUUUACUUCUGAUGAAAAGCAUUUAUUUCAUGAAAAGCGCGAUGAAGAAUCCCCAGUGAAGAAUAGCAAAACUGACAAAAACUCGACUGUUGAAAUAGAUUCAGAAAAGCCAUCGCCGAAAUCGCCUCAGGCAAAGGUAAAUCUUUCAGACAUAAAGGUAGGAGACGUAGAAACAGACGACGCAAACGAUAGCAAAAUAAAUGAAACUAGCAUCGUAGUACCUGAAACUUUUGAUCAUAUUUCGAAAUCAUCAACUGAUGAAGAGUUUGUGCAAGUAGAACAACCGAAACCAGUAGAACCGAAAGCUGCGCAUAUUGAUCAAACCAUUUCUUCUAAUUUAGAUCUGAAGAAAAUGGAAAGCGAAAAUGAUUCACAUCAUACCGAAAACAGGCAACCGGAGGAAGAAAAUGUUAACCAAGAUGGAAAAAACAACAGCCUAACUGAUGAUUCCCUUAAAACAAAUGAAGUUACAGACAGUAGCAGUAGCAAAGAGCUUAAUUUCUCGGAGAUCAGUGAAAAGAUAUCAGUUAUCACAGAAUCGAAAAUAUGUACGAACUCCUCAAUAAAUAAUACAGAAGGUAUGGACACGAGAAACGCCGAGUUGAAGAUAAUUGAGUCCACUGCGCCCGUGAUAAAAGAAAAUGUCACUUCAUUAGAAACAACGGAAUCAAACACUUGUAAUGAAUCUACAAACAUGUUUUUUCCAUCCAUAAAUACAUCUGUCGAAAAAGAAAGCAGUAAUACGGCAAGUGUGCUAAAAAUAAAUGAAAAUUACGAAAAGAGCUUGGAAAAUCGAAGACCUAACAUAAUAGUGGAUGUUAAAACGAGCAGUGAGAAUGAAAGUAGCACCAAACAGCUUGAUCAGGCAAGUACCAAAAAAGACCAGACGCCUGAGCAAUUAGAAAAGAUUAAUAAUUUGGCUAAAGGUAAACAGAAUGAUCUUCCCCCUUUAAAAGUAGUCGAUGAAAGGAUAGUUGUUGAAGCUACAUCAAUCGGUUCGUUAGAUGUUGCGACAUCACAUAAAAAGAAGUUCCUUAAGAAUGCUGCUGAGGAAGCUAACAAGCAAACAUCUGAAAAUGCAGAGCAUAUUUCUGAAAAAUCAGUGAUACAACAGUGUGAAGACAUAAAAUGCUUCACCGUUACUCCAGAAAGUUCCAGUGCGUUGACAGCUAGUAACACAAAUAAUGAAACUUAUACUGCAUCAUCCAUAAAUCCGGCAGACAUUAAAAAAGAACCUUCGCUUAUAAAAUUAGCAAAAAAUGAAAGUGCUGGUCCGCAAUCACAAUCCUCCUAUGACCAUGAAAAUGACAAACACAAAGAUAGUAGCUCUAUAGAAAGUUCUAGCAAUUACGAGGAUUCAUCAAAAAAUUGUUCAGAUUCCAAAAAAACAAAAGAUAAAACUGAAGAUUUGAAAAAAAUUAAACAAGACAACAAACGCCCUUCAAUGACUAGUAUCAAAUCUGAGACAAAAAACGAAACUAAAACCAAAACGGACCAAGAAUCGAUGACUACAAACAGUCCUUUGAAAAGGUUGGAUGCUGUUAAAAAAGAAACAUCAAAAAGUUCAAUAUCCCACUCUAGUUUUAACAACAACUCAAAAAUUGGAAUCUCUUCUGAACAAAUGAAACAGCAUUCUAUCAGCCAAGAAACAAGCAAAUCUGGAUCGAAUGUUGCUCUGAAUAACUCAAGUUCAAGAACAGAAAAGUAUAUAUCAAAGCAUGGCAUUCACGACUCGAAAUCCAUAGAUCUCAACAAAAUUGCACCGCAAUUUCCAGGUAUCAAUCAGUUGCCGAAUUAUCACACUACAUCCCAGUAUUGGCAACUUGAUCCUUAUUAUCAAAGCUGUAAUCUAUCCUACUUGGACGCCACGAAUCAAAAAUCUCCAAAUAAGUUUCAUCUGGAUCUGGCCACAUCUAUGGCUUACGGAAGCUUUCCUUCAAAUCUCUAUCAAUCGGCAUUUCAACAGCACCAAGAACAGCAGUAUCAACAACAUCAACAAUCUUUUCAACAAAAAGAGCGCUCCAAUCAACGGUUAGAAAAAAAGAACCUGUCAAUUCCAUCAAAUAACAAUAGUACAAGCGAAAAAGUCAAAAUAGGACGGAGCUUGGAUGAAAAAUACAUAAAGUCCAACAUAGAGCAAGUCUCCUCACAACAUCAUAGUGGCAUCAAUAUGCCCAUGAAUUUAGAAGGGAAUCCGUGUGCAAAAUCCAUGGGUUCACAAUUUAGUGGACACGGUCCAUCCAAGAUGAAUAGCAGUACAAAAACGAAAAUUGACAACAAAUCCAGUGCUAACUGCAUGUUGGAUAAGCCCAAUCAACAGCAUGUGGCACACCAACAUACAAUAAAUACUGUCAAUCAGCAGAAUGCAUGUCAAAUAUCUGGCACGCAACAGCAGCUAAAUAAUCAGCUUAUCAUGAAUAAAAAUUUGCAUCAACAGAUAGAAUCAAACAAAAGCAAUUUUCAAAGUGAUGAGUUAAAUCAAGAUAAUCCCAACAACAACAAUAGUAUUUCGGUAUCUGAUAUAAAACCGCAUGGGAGCAACUCAGGAGAUGUAUCGUCUAUAAGUGUGUACACACCAGAUUCAACUACCAAUUCGGUUCAUAGUUUGCAUCAAUACGGCCAGUGUGACCUGGAUGUUACUCAAUUGGGUUUGGAAUCACCUGCCAGUAUAUCUAGUGAUAUGAAUAGCCAAAGUUCGGUUGAAAAUAUCAGACCUUCAAGUGUAGUACCACACCAGGUGAACCAAUACUCAGAUUGCUCCAUACAACAGCAGCAGCAUCAAAAUCAAAUACAGCAGCAAAUGAAUAUGCAUACUCACGCUCCGGCAUCAAGUCCUCAGCAAUCAAUGGCGAUCAUAAACAACAAUUCCUCGAUGGAUACAGGUAAUUCUGGCAACCGAGCUAAACUACAAUCAUCACAAUUACAGCAACAAAACAGUCGAGCCCCUACAACAAACCGAUCGGCAACUCCGAAAGUUGGGAGAAAUACCACUACGCCAGUGGGAAAUCAUCAACAAAGUCAACAACAGCAGCAGCAGCGACAUCAAAACAGAUCGACACCGCCGGUAGUGAACACAAUACAACCAUUAACUAGUCCAAGUCAUCAACAUCAGCAGCAAACGCAGCAACAAAUGCAACAAGCCAAUGUAACUCAACAGCAACAACACCAACAUCAGCUAACUUUGCAGCAGCAAAUGCAUCAGUCCUACGGGCACAUUUCUGGUUCUUCAUUAGCCCAUCAGAAUCACUCCCAAAAUAUGCACCAAACGGGAUACAUAACAUCACAGUUAGGCAUACCAAGCCAAGGAUAUCCACAAUCGCCUACAUCGUAUGGUAGCGUUCCGAUGACGACAGUUAUCCAACAUCGUAUGUCUGGUAGUCAUACAAGUUUAGCAACUCCUAAUAGCCUCCAUAGCCCACACCAGCGGCUGGGGCCUUCUCCGUCGUCAUGUGCAGUAUCGUCGGCUAAUAAUUUCUAUAUACAAACAGGGAAUGUCAGUCAUCCUCAAUCACAUACCCCAAUCCCAGCACCAACGACAACUCCGACACCAGCACCAACGCCAACACCCCAGAUAGACAAUUCUUGCCAAGCCUCUAGCCUUCAAGGAUCUGUUAGUCAAGGUAACAUUAUUCAAGGAUCGCUGUCAUGUUUAUCAAAAUUGCAACAAUUGACAACGAGUGUUGACAUGACAGGAUCGUCGUGCAAUACGCCUCCUACAGCCGGUGGUGUCAACAUAACGCCUCCACCAAUUCAUUCCACUCAUGUGGGUGGUUCAAUAACGCCAUCGCCAUCAUCACAUAUGCCGAAUCAGAACGCAGUACGGAAUAUUUCCACUCCACCGACUUCAAUACAAACUCAAAUGCCUUCACUCAACUAUCACAAAUACUACACCGGAAAUAUGAACGUUUCUCCCAUAACCGGAUCACAGAAUAGUUCGGGUAGACUAUCGAGGAACACCGCUUCAGCUCCCAUUCAGCACAUGGGCAAUACAUCCAGCCGUGUUAGCUCUAACGUAGCCAUCAGUCCAAACCUCAUGUCUCCAUACAGCACCCUAAAUACGGCAUAUCGUAUGUCCGCCGCACAGUCGUCAUCUACCGGUGGUUAUAUACCGAACCCUGCUGCAGGGUUUAUAAACAAUGCUACCCAAAUACCUGUACAAAUGGGUGUGAUGAAUAUGCAAUCCCAGUAUCAAGAUCCCUCGGCUAUACAACGUGCUCAGCAAAAUUCCAUGUACCCUGCUGCAUAUUCCGCUUAUUUGCCCGCUAUGCGGCGAUAGAUAUUCUUCGUGUAUUUGUCUACCAGUUGGAUGUUUAUUUAAUAGCAAAACCAGUGUGAAUUGUUUUUUUUUAUUUUUUCAAACUAUUUUGUUUAAUCUGCCGCUUUGUUACGCAAUAAAAGUACGGGAACCUUUUUUGAAUUUGUUAAACAGUUUUUUUAAAUAAAUAUUCCACAAAAAAAUCAUGAUAAACUUUAUUGUGAUAACGUCUGCUCGAUUUUAAACUUGAACUAAGUAAUAAUUUGAAAGAUUUAAAUUAUUAUUUAGUCCAAGUACAUUGAAUUAAAUAAGCCAACCGAUUAAUUUUGCCCAUGCCAAAAUUUUUCAAUUGUGAAUUAAAUAAAGUAGGACACAUGUAGCCGAAUAAUAGAUAACAUAGAAUGAAAAUUUGUAAAAAUGUAUAUACAAAAUGGCUUCGUCGUCGGGAUUGUCAUAUUAAGACAUAAUUUAUUAAACAGCAGUCAAAAUUGUACAUAAAAUUGCACAUAUUGUAAAUAAUGAUCUAAUUAUAUAUUUAUUUUCUUUUUGUCUCAACCAUGUUAUUCCGAAUGUUAAUAAAUAAUUAUUUUUUAAUCA